CGAUGCGGUCGACAAGUGGUCAAAUCAAAUGCAAUUCACGACACUCUAAGUCCAGAAUGGGAUCACUUCAGUGCUAUCUUCUAUCACAACAGAUUUAUUUCAAUUAUUGUUGAGUUAUGGCACCACAACCUCCUUAUUGAUCAUUUCAUGGGUCGAGUGGAAGUGUUGCCUAAAAUCAACACAAAUGCCGAGAACUCGACAUCCAUUCAAGAACUGGAUCUCUAUAGUCGUAAAAAAGAGACCAAAAUCACCGGUUCUGUCAAACUUCAAGUAUUCACUUACGAAGAUCUUCGCGCCUUUUAA